AUGACAGAUAAAACACAAUGGCCACAGGUGGAACUACCAUUUGUUGAUGUUGCACCUCUUGCUAAAGGAGAGGCAGGGAGACGAGGAAAACUUAGGCUGAAAGGAUUUAUGGAGGGUGGCCACAAGAAGAAAGCUCCAAAACAUGGUGACAGUUCAACCAAAGUUGGAGGAGCAAAUGGAGGUGACAAUGGUAUUGCCCCAACCAAUGCAAAGGGUCAGAAAAUUAUUAGAGGACCUAUGACCUGCGCAAGGUGUGGUGAAAAGGGUCACAGGCAAGCAAGUUCGAAGUGCAAACUCAAUGGGACAGCGAAAAAGAGGAAGCGGAAGCAACCAAGUAAGGAUGUUACAAAAGUUGUGCCAGAAGAACUUAGCACACCAAAUAGGCCAACAAGAGAAGAAAUACUACGGGAUAGUCCAGGACGGAUUACUAGAAGCAAGCUUGCGUUCUUAUUAGGAGAGGGUAACUCUUCACAACCCGCCACUACUAGUUUUGAGAGGAUGCCUACUGCGGCCGCACCAAAAAAGAUGACUCCAAAAAGAAGGCUUCGUGUUGGAUGA